CGUAACGCUGUAUAAUUCGACUGGGCAUAUUAUUUCGCAAAUAACGUCAAAUCUGAAUGAAGGUGAAGCUAUAGGCAUGGACAUUACCCAUCAUUACCUUACCAUUUUCACAAUGGAAGGAUUUUUGAAAAUAUAUGAUCUAUCUGAAAGUCAGGCGAAGUUACUGACUAGGGUGAAGAAUUUGUAUGACAUGGUGGAAGAUUUCGGUGAAAUUAUUCAAGCUAAGACAAACUCAAAAGGCAACAAAGUAGCCAUGACUCUCGCCGCAGCCAACCUAGUACCGGACGGAAAGCUGUACAUAUGGGACAUCGAAAGGGACGAUUUGAUAUUCUACGAUUUUCGAAAAUACGAAGAUUUUGAAAAAUCGACGAUGGAUAAAUAUUUUGAAACUGAAGGGGAAAAAGACGCGAAGAAAGAGGACAACGAUUCGUCUACCGAUUUCGAUGAAGUUUGUAAAAACCGAAUUCCCUUGUCACUUCAUUGGUGCGAAGAUGACUCCAGGUUGCUUGUGUGUAACGCGAAGAAAAUUAAAGUUCCUGGCACUAAGAAGAAUCAGUCUACCAGAAAAAGAGGUGAAUCUAAAACUUUAAAGGAUGAAGAUCAGGUUAUUGUCACCAUGUUUGUUCUGCCAGAAAACGGAAUACAGAUCCACGACUUGAAAUCGGUGGAACCCGACACAAGGUUAUUGGGCGUUUCUAUACCCUAUAUCGUUACUUUACAGAAAUUGAGUAUUGUAAGGGAUGUGAUGAGCGAUUUUAAUGGACUAGAAGAGUGCGAUAAGAACACUAAAGAAGCAGUUAUCGAUUUCAGCUAUAAUUUGAGUUUGGGUAAUAUGGAUGCUGCUUUCAAAUCAAUAAAAUUAGUCCAAAGCCAAGGGGUUUGGGCCAGUUUGGCAAGGAUGUGCGUUAAAACUAGACGUUUGGACGUUGCCAGUGUUUGUUUAGGACAUAUGGGCGACGCUAAGGCUGCUAGGGCUUUGAGAUUAGCCAUAAACGACAAUACGUUGCCUCAAGAAGCCAAAGUUGCUGUGUUAGCUAUACAUUUGGGAUUGCUGGACGAGGCUGAACAAUUGUAUUCCAAAUGCGGACGGUACGAUCUGCUUAAUAAACUGCUUCGUUGCCGAAAUAAAAUGGAAGACGCACAUACUUUAGCCAAAACCAAAGACAGGAUUAAUUUAAGGAAUACCGAAUACUGUUGGGCUAAAUCGCUAGAAAAGGCUGGCGAUUUUAAAGAGGCAGCAAUGAGGUAA